AUGAAGAAGACCCGACCCGACCCGACCGCGAUCGAGGUCACCGGUCACCGGUCACCGCGCGCGGGGGACGAGAGGGAGGACGAGGAAAAAGGCCGGCCCAUCAAGCUCGCCAGCGCAGAACCAGCAGACCGCCGGAGAUGUGGCGCGGUGCCUGCUGGUGCGGCCGUGGCGUGUUGCGCGCCCACGUCGGUUGGCCCCAUGCAACUCCCUCCACGGCUCCACGUCCGCCGUGCCUACCUCCCCAGCCACACAAACCCAAGGGAUAUUCUCAGAAAAAAUAAAAUCCCCUUAUCUCCACCAGUGGCCCAACCAGACGCCAACCCUAACACCCGUGGCCCAACCAGACGCCCCACACCGCUGCUCCCGCCGCCGACGCCCGCACGCCGCCGAAGCCCCCGCGCCGCCACCGCAGUACUGCUGCUCCCCGUGCGCCGCCGCCGCCGCCGCCGCCGUCCAGAUCCCCCGGCCCCGCCCCUGUCCCGCCCCUCCCCGGCCCCGUGCGCCACCGCCACCGCCGCCCCUCCCCGGCCCCGUGCGCCGCCGCCGCUCCUUCCCUGGGCCCUCGCACAGCCAAAGGGCGUCGGCGAGAGGACAAGACCAUGGAUGCUCCGCUCUCUGGGUCAGGUUCUCGCCGAGGUAACCUCCUCCUCCUCCCGUGUCUUGGUCUGGAUUUUAAUUUCCAUCUGCUGCCGCUGGCUUUUGUUCCCCCUGAAUUUAUUUGAUCUGAUAGUUGCAGCACACUUCCGUUCAGAUGUUGGUAAAUUUCGUUACUGUGUUGGUUAUCUAGUUGCAGCACACUUCCGUAGCAGAUUCAGAUGGCAAAUAACCGUAGUGGUCACUCAGAUUCAGAUGGUUCAACAGGAGUUGGAGGGAGUUAUAUAGGAGAGCUGGAGAGGCAACAUUUCGGUGGUAUGUCUCUCGAUUUUCUCAGUUCUUAUCUAGUUUCUUGUUUCCUAGAUUAGGUGUGCUGUUGUGAUGUUCUUGCUCUUGCGGUAGUCAAGAAAUUUUCUGUAGGAAUGUUGGUCUUUUGGCAAAGGGCGACGUAAUGAUCCGUGGAUAGGCUGUUCAAGUUGUAACUGCUCUUCGGCCUGAUGGGAAUACUCAUCUACUAGUAGUAGUUUGUAAGAACUCUUCUAUGCAGUCUCCAACUUGCAGAGUGGAUUGGCUACUGUUGCAAACCAUUGUACUCCUACCAUGCUGUUGUUGCAGCAAUCUUGCUUGCAACUCAGUGCUCUAUGGUUUCCCAAGGGCAAAACAAUGUGGGUUCCAUCUAUCUUUCAGCUGUCUGUAACAUAUACUAAUUCUUUUUUAAUUCAACUCUUCCUUUUUACCCCCUCCAAAAA